AUUCUGAGUGCAAUCGUGAAGGCAGCUACAGCAACAUGAGCGUUCGAGAGAGAAAUAUUGGUUCAAACGGGGACGAUGGUGUGUCAAUUGCAUCAUCUAAUUCUAAAGUAGGAUUGAAGAAAAGAGUUGGAUUAGUUGCUGGAAUUUCUUUAAUUGUUGGAACUAUGAUAGGAUCGGGAAUUUUCAUCUCCCCCAAGGGAGUAACUAGGGGAUCUGGAUCAGUAGGAUUGUCUCUUAUAUCUUGGUCUAUCUGUGGAAUAAUAUCAAUGUUUGGAGCACUUUCACUAGCCGAACUUGGAACUAUGAUUCCAAAGUCGGGAUGCGAAUAUGCAUAUUUACUAGAAUGCUAUGGAGGAAAAGAGAAAUAUAGAUCAAUUGGUAGAAUACCGGCAUUUCUUUUUAAUUGGGUUUCAAUGUUGUUAAUAAAGCCGUCAUCGAUUGCUAUCAUAUCUCUAACUUGCGCCGAAUACGUAAUGGUACCAUUUUUUGACGACGGUUGCGGUGAGCCUCCAACUCCAAAUAAGAAAAUCAUGGCUGCUCUAGUUAUAAUUCUUCUUACUGCUGUCAACUGCUUUUCCGUCAAGUUAGCAGCAAGAAUUCAAGUUGUCUUUACAGUUGCAAAACUAAUAGCCAUCGCUGUAAUUAUUAUUGGAGGAAUUGUAAGACUUGGCCAAGGUCAAACAGCUAUUUUGGCGACUGGAUUUACGGGUACAAAUAAACAAGUGGGUAAAAUUGCUAUUGGUAUUUACAACGGCAUGUGGGCCUACGAUGGAUGGAAUAAUUUAAAUUACGUAACAGAAGAGAUUAUUAAUCCAAACGUUAAUCUACCUCGUUCAAUCUUAAUUGGUAUUCCGUUGGUUACUGUAUGUUAUCUUUUGGUAAAUAUUAGUUACUUUACUGUAAUGACUCCGGCUCAACUACUGGAUUCAACGGCUGUUGCUAUUGAUUUUCUAAAAACUUUCGAAGGAGAAAUCAGAUAUAAAAUGGUCUUAAUAAGUCUACUCAUUGCCGCUUCCGCUUUUGGUUCAAUAAAUGGUUCCAUGUUUGCAGCCGGAAGACUCUUCUAUGUUGCUGGAAGAGAGGGACACAUGGUAGAAGUGAUGGGAAUGGUUCACGUUAAAAGAAAUACGCCAAUCCCAUCUUUAGUCUUUGUCUCUUUUAUCGCACUUCUUAUGAUAAUACCAGCUGAUAUUGAAUCGUUAAUUGAUUUCUUUAAUUUCUCGGCCUGGAUUUUUUACGGGCUAACAAUGUCUGCACUUAUUGUAAUGAGAUUUACUAGAAAAAAUGAACCAAGACCAUAUAAGGUCCCAAUAAUCAUUCCAAUCAUCGUUCUGAUAGCAUCUUGCUAUCUUGUUGUUGCUCCAAUUAUUGAUGACCCAAGAAUGGAAUUUUUAUACGCUUCAAUAUUUAUAGUUGGUGGUUUGUUCUUCUACUUUCCUUUAGUAUAUUUCCAUAAAAUACCACCAUUUAUGGCAACGGUAACCGCAUACCUUCAACUCUUUUUCGAGAUUAUCUCACCAGAAGCUGAGGCAAACGAUUAG